UCAUGGUAAAUCGUCUUCACCUAGGACACCUUGGCAGCAUGGGAAGCUCUCUAUGAGUUCUCACAGCGUGAGGGACGGGCACGCGACACCCAACUGACAGUAACUGUUGAGCCUCUUCAUGAUCACAUGCAGGCCAGAACUUUUUAUAUCACCCCAGACAACUUCCUUCACCUCCAGUCACACCAGGUGAACGGGAAGUGGGGUAGUGUAAGGGUACAGGGUAAAGGUCGAGGAGCGGCGGUCCUCCAGCUUACCUCCAAAUACCAUGUUGCUGAGCCACACCAUCUAGUAUCACCACCUACGCCAGCCUUCCGCCUUCGCACAAGAGCCACCUGGCAUGGGCAUAAUGGCUCAGCACUGACCUUUACCACGUGUGUGCGCUGGAUGUUCAGAGAAGCAAGCGAUUCCUCUGGUAUAUCUGUGUUGGAAGUGACAGUUCCUACAGGAUAUGGAGCAUCUAAAGACGUACUGCAGCAAUAUGUUACAUCUCGCACUGUGCCAAACCUCAGAAGGGUUGAUUUUCAGCAAAGAAAAGUCACUUUUUUUUUUGAAAAGCUGGUAGCAACAGAUACGUGUGUGGAGUUCUCUGUAGAGCGAUGGUUCCCAGUGGCCAACCUCACCAAGGUGUUACCAGUGAGAGUGUAUGAGUACUAUUCUCCAGAGUUGUAUGAGGUGGAAUUGCUGGACAUGUCAUCAGUAUCACUGGAUAUCUGCCAAGUGUGUGGGUCAUACCAAUGCCCAAACUGCCCAAUUCUCUCCUACUAUAGUAGCUAUGCCCACCAGCAUGGUCUACAAGUCCAUGUCUAUGUUCUUGCCUUCCUGGUGCUAUUAUCUGUAUCCCACCAAGCUCCCAGUUGAAGCUCUGUGGAGAUCUAGUCAUCCCAGGAGCUGUGUUCACUCCUUACAAGAAUAGGACUGGCUUCCCCUCAGAGCAGCUGUCAUCUGGGAAUGUGUAGACAGCAUUUUUGAAUGAUUUUUACAAACUUCAGUGAUGAGACAAGAGCAUCACUGGUGGUUGUCUUGCCAGUAAUGUGAAAAGUUUUACCAGCAUGUUUGCUAAUAUAAACAUUGUGAGUAACUCAAGAUCAGCUUACUGAUGAGCUGCAGGCAGAAUUCUGCUAACUUUAGUACAGUAUUACCACUGACUUGGCAUAUUUCAUGAAAGAUACUUUAUAGUUUUUUGUUGGAAGUGGUGUAGAGUAUGUUUGGAAGGCAAUUUAUGGUGAAUUAUAAUACUGCUAGUCAAGUUUAACAAUAUAUAUAAUUAAAUAAUUAAGAUAUGAUAGAUACAAAAUACCUAAGAGGUAUGCAUGAACAGAAAAAUGGAUAAAAUUUAUUUCUGUUUCUUUUAAUCAUUUUAUGUGGAUGUCAUAACACUAGUCAAUGAAAAGAAAAUUUAAUUGAAAUCAAUCAAACCUUGUUUAACCAGUGAUAAUUAAAGUAUGAUCCAUCACUUGGUGGAUAAGCUUGUUAAGUCGUACAAAAAUGAAUGUUACACAUGCACACAGUUGAUAUUUACCAUGGGUAAUUGUUUGUUCUUGUGUUGAUUAUUAUAAGGGAAUGUUUUAAAAUGCAUAGUAAAAGGGAAUAAUGUACUGUAGGUAGGAUUAUAAUAUUGCAUUCAUUUUGCAAUUGAUAUUACAACUUUCCAGAUACAAAUGGAUAUGUAGCCUUUAAAGUUAGUGGCAUUUGAAGUUAUGGGAAAUGGCAUCCAUGAUCCUUUAAACCAUUUUGUUUCCAUUUUACUUUUAGACUAAUUAUGUAUUAUGAAUAAACCAUGCAAGGUAUAUUUUGGUAGUGGAGUUACGAGUGGAUUGGCUGCAACUUCCUUCAUCGUUUCUAAACCAUCAUCAAAAAGCAAGAAUUAUAUAUUUUACAUUUUCAUCCUUGUAUAGAUACCAGAUGCCUCUUCUUCAGAGAAUGAUUCUUUGUACGAGCCGCAGUCCAUUUUCUAUGCCUGAUUUGUGGUCUCGUUUUCGCUCAAGUCCCCCCUAAAGUGCCUCGAUCAUUCAAAGGAGGACUACAUUAUUUUAGUCACAACACAAGUCAGACUAAUGUGUGCAUGUAUCAUAAGUAUUUUGUAUGAUUGUGUAUGUAUGUGCAUGUAAUGUUCAAAUGAGGAACACAUGGCCAUGUAAAUAUUCUACAUUAAGGCAGAAAGUUUGAUUGUGUUGAGGGUGUACAUAAUGAGAUAGAAUUCAUAGGAUUCUUCUGUGUAGGGAAUUCUGGUAUAACAUGACAGUUUGAGGCUUUAAGGUAAAGUUUGACUGCGGUGACAUUGAAUACAUUCUGGUUAGUCACAAAGCCCUGUUAUUAUAUUUUGUAUUACAUGAUUCCUUAGCAUUCAACACCCCUGUCAGAGAUUAUUGGUGUAUAAAGUUUAAUAGCUUAAUUUGCCAUAGAGAUCUAUAUAUAAAUAUUGUUGUAGUAAAGCUGUUCUGAAGGAUUGUAUGGACAGUCAUUGACAAAUUCAUGUCUUAUUGCUCUAGUCAGUUAUUUCUUUAUACAUUGUGAUUAUUUUUUUUUUUUACAGAUAAUGUGUACUGACAUUGACAGAUUAAAGAAAACAUAAAUCCAGGUCAUUGCUAUCAGGCGACUACCACUUGUAGAUCAACAGAGAGGAUCUCUCUCUCGCCAAGUCUCUUAUCUCAAGUGUAAUGCUAGGAACACAGUUUAAUUUGAAUUCUUUAAGUCUUUAAGAAAAGCUUCAAUACUGCACAAAAAUAUAUUUCUAGAGAUAAUUUUGAAAAGCAAAGAGUUCAAAUUUGUACAUUUUUUUUUUUUUUAAAUUUUUGGCAUGAAACCUUGUGUGGUAGUGACUUUGGAAGACCAUGUAUGGUACCAAACUUUCCUCAUAAUGACAAACACAAAUUGGACUUUAAAAUGGUGCAUAAAUAUUCUAAUUUACUUUAAACUCAAUGCUGACAAUGCUUAGUUUAUUUAGGUGUAAAUUCUCACUUUCCUCAGGUUUUAUUGCAUCUUGCAUGCUUGUUGAUAAUUAUGCUGGUUAGAGAAACACAAAGCAGAGAAAAGCUGACAGUUAUGAUUUCAUAUACUUUUUUUUUUUUCCAGAAUCCUGUGUGUAUACUUAAUUAUGCCACCAUCACCUCAGCACUAUUAAGGGCAGGUUUUGCAUGUGCAAUUAUUUAUUCCAUUAACUUAGCUUUUGAUUGGCAAAGCAGUUUUCUAUCUCUGCAUUAGUAUUCUUUAUUGACAAAUGAGUCUGAUUAACUUUAGUAAAGAAAAUGCUUCAGUUCUGUAUUUACUAGUCAGCCAUGGACAAUAAAAUGACAAUAAAAGUGUUAAAAAAUGUACAAAAGAUUAUUUUUAACCAGCCUUUCAUAUAUGUGCCAUGUUAUUAAUUAUGUUCCAUUAAAUUUUCUAGUAUACUCCCAUUUCCCCCU